GCACUGACAAACGUGACCAACCACGGUCCCAGGAAAGGGGCUGCUUGAAGAGUUGGUUUGCUCUGAAAGUAACAACCACACCUAAUUUCAGCAAGUCUAAACUCCAACAAAACGGGAUUUGAAUCGAAUGCAUGGGUGAACAAAUUUUAAAACUAAAAAGAAAAAAAAAAGCACAACAGGCUUUAUACUUCAAAUAAUCAUGCAGCUAAAGUUAACCAGGUUAACGGGACUGCUUCUUCCUCUCAUAUACGGAGUCUUAUCCACUUCCAAAGAGGUGGAUUUGGAAGUUGGCAAUUCAUUUACAUUUCCAGAAAGUCUUCCUCGGGAAGGGUUUCUCAGACACCAUCAUUCCCACCACACUUCACUUGUGGCAGAAAUAUUUGACUGGAAUGUAACUCUAAAUAAUAACAGCUACCUGGGGAAAAUCGAGUUUGACAGCGUUAAGAUGUCCAUGACAAUCAAGAAUCUCCAAUAUAGUGACAGUGGCACAUAUUCUCUGGAGUCUGUCAAAGAUAAGUUUAUUAAGGAUUAUCGCCUAAACGUAUACAAGAAGGUGUCACCUAAAGUAACCUCCGAAUUGUCAGAGGAUGGAAAGUGCAAACUUAUCUGCUCAUCAAAUGAAAACAAAGAAGACUUUGUGUUCUGGGAAAAAAAUAGUCAACAAUUUAAAGAGAAGACUGCUUCUAGCCAGACGUUGAUGUUGACAAAGGAAGAGAUUGGCGAGGUGUAUACGUGUAGGGCAAAGAAUCCACUCGGCUCGUGGUCAGCCCAAGCGAGUGACAUCUGUGGAUGGAAAGAAAACAAGGGCAGCAGACUUGAAAUGAACAAAUAUGUCAUCAUCUCUGCUGUAGUGGCUCUGCUGCUUUACUUGUCACUGCACUGACUGAAUAUGUGAAGAAUGAAGACACUGGGCCCACCUCUCUACCCCAGUGUGAUCCCAGACUGUUUGGUCCACCUUUAGACUCUCGGCCUGCAUCUCCUUGGCAGACCACAAAUCGAAAACAGUGUGAAGUGAGUCGGGCUUGAGUUUCCUGCAAAAUGUUCAAGAACGUUAUGACACAACCAACAAUGUCUCACUCUUUGCAAUGUAUUCCCAGACUAUUUUACCUUUAUUAGACCUGGCAUUACCUUUUCAGCAAAGCGGCAUUCCAUGAAGUGGAGAAAAUAAGUGAAAGAGUUUAAAUGGGUGUGAACAUCAAAACAUCUGAUCUCCAUUCCAGUGUCAUCAACAUGAUAUAGAUAGAUAGAUAGAUAGAUAGAUAGAUAGAUAGAUAGAUAGAUAGAUAGAUAGAUAGAUAGAUAGAUGAA